UUCGCCGGCGGCGUUCAAUUUAAAUGUGUUAUUUAAAUUGAAUGUUUUCGAACAUUUUCAAUCAAAAACGUUUUGUAUCACUUGGAGAAUAUUUAAGGAGUAAUGGGUCGCAAAAAUCGUAACGUAAAUAAGUUCGCACAGCGAAAGCGUGAGAAAAGGGAACAGGAGAAGAAUCCACAGCCAAAGCCCACAGAGGAUAAUCGUAAACACUAUGAAGAUAUAGUGAGGGAAAAUGCUGUGUUUGAAGAGUACUAUAAGGCUCAAAAAGUAUGUCCUGAUGCGGAAUGGGACGAAUUCAUGAAAUCCCUCAAAGAGAACUUGCCAACAGCAUUCAGGAUAACUGGAUCAAAAUGUGAAGCCAAUGCGCUAAUGAAAAUUGUAACGAGUCAAUAUUUCUCGGAGAUACUCAAUAUGAAACUGAAGGUUGAUGGUCAGGAUGAGGAGAUUAAACCUAUAAACUUGCCUUGGUACCCAGGUGGUCUAGCCUGGCAGUUACGUCUCUCCCGCACGGACAUUCGUCGCAGCGAACCUCUGUACAAGCUGCAUAAUUUCCUAGUAGCGGAGACUGCAGCGGGGGGAGUGUCGAGGCAAGAAGCUGUUUCCAUGAUACCACCGGUGGCACUGCAAGUGGAGCCUCAUCAUAAGGUAUUGGAUAUGUGUGCAGCGCCAGGGUCAAAAACGGCACAAUUAAUUGAGUUUCUACAUGCUGAUGAAGAUAAAAUGCCUACUGGCUUCGUAAUAGCAAACGACGUGGAUAACAGCAGAUGUUACAUGUUGGUACAUCAAGCAAAACGUCUAAAUUCUCCCUCAAUUAUCAUCACAAACCACGAUUCAGCUGUAAUGCCCACACUCACUAUAACUGAUCCAGAGAAUCCAGAAGCGACGAAAGCACUGAAAUACGACCGAAUACUGUGCGAUGUGCCUUGUUCAGGAGACGCCACGUUGCGGAAAAAUCCCGAUAUUUGGCUCAAGUGGUCUACCGGCAAUGGGAACAAUUUGCAUGGCAUCCAAUACAGGAUCCUCCGUCGUGGCUGUGAGCUCCUCGAGCUGGGAGGUCGUCUCGUCUAUUCCACCUGUUCUUUUAACCCCAUAGAGAACGAAGCUGUGGUCCAUAGACUGCUGCAAGAGGCUGGGGACAGUGUGAGACUGGUCGAUGUGGCUGAGAAACUGCCUGGAUUGAAGUUUAUCAAAGGUAUGACAUACUGGAGACCGGCGUCAAAAGACAUGGUGUUUUACGAAAAAUACGAAGAUGUGCCGGAAAAAUGGCAGACGGUUGUCAGACCGCAGAUGUUCCCGCCAACUCCUGAAAGCGCUGCUAAAUAUCACUUGGAUAAGUGCAUAAGAAUCCUACCCCACCAUCAAGACACAGGCGGUUUCUUCGUCGCUGUAUUCGAGAAAGUCAACCCUCUACCUUGGGAAAAAGACCAAAAAGAUCAAAAAGAAGAGUCAAAAGAAGAAGUAGAGAAGAAAGAAGAGAAGAAAGAGCCGCCGAAGAAGAAGAGAAGACUGGGGGGAUAUAAGGAGGAUCCAUUUGUGUUCUUUUCUGGGGAGAAUGAAGAUGUCUUUCCGUCUAUUAAGGAGUAUUAUGAUCUGAAUGAAUUUGACGCUUCGUGUUUAUUGACCAGAUGCCACGUAGGCAAAAAGAAGAAUAUAUACCUAGUUUCUCCUAUCGUGAAAGACAUAGUGAAAAGGAAUGAAGCCAAUAUUAAAAUAAUAAACACAGGAGUGAAAACCUUCGUACGUUGUGAUAAUAAGAACAUGACUUGUGCUUUUAGGUUAUCCCAAGAGGGGUUACAGAGUAUAGUCCGGUACAUAGGUCCCAAAAGACGAGUGCAAAUACUAAAAGAGGAUCUAAUAGUUGUUCUACAGAACGAUGACGUCAGCAACCCCCCACAUUUGACCAUGUUCUCGGAACACACGCAGAAACUUGUGAAGGAUUUACCAUCAGGUAGUUGCGUACUAGAAUACAACGAUGAAGGCAUGGAAUUAAAACUAGUUGGUUGGCGCGGCGUUCACUCGCUUCGGGCGUACACUGCUUCGUCUGAUACAGUACAUUAUCUGAGAUUGUUAGGCGCUGAUUAUAGUAAAUAUGAUUUAAACAAAUUCAAAAAAGCAGACGUUCCAGAAAGUUCUGAAGCGACAGAAAACACAGAAGAUAUUGCAAUGGCGGGAGAUGGGUCAAACGAAAUUGAACCUAAUGGUAUUAACGAGAGUAAAGGGGAUGUAGGAAAGGAAGAUAGCAAAUAAGAAUUAUUU